AUUAACAUAAUCACAAAUACUCUAAUAACUUUAAUCUAACCAACUAACCAAGAUUAGAAAGGUAACAACACAUAACAACACAACCCCAUCAACCAAACUUCAAAAAGGCAACACCUUUCACUUCCACCCCCAAAAAAAACCUCGCAAAAAGUGGACAAACAUUUCGAUUCAAAACCACUUACUUUCCCAAAUUUUCUCCCGAUUCACAACUACAUUUCAAAUCCCUUCAACCAAUCACUCAAUCAACGAUCAAUCAACCACCAAUCAACCCACAAAUCAACCCAAUUCAACCAAUAAUGUCAUGUUCAUCGUCAUCGGCAUCUGAAGAAGAUGAAGAUUUCGAUUCCUACCGGAAAGGAGGCUACCACGCCGUCAGAAUCGGCGAUUCGUUCGCCGGUGGUCGGUUUAUUGCUCAACGGAAGCUGGGGUGGGGCCAGUUUUCGACCGUUUGGCUCGCGUAUGAUACACAAACAUCUAAAUAUGUCGCACUCAAGAUCCAGAAAAGUGCACCAGAGUUUGUGCAAGCAGCCCUCCACGAAAUCGAGAUUUUAUCCGCGAUAACUGAAAACGACCCCAAGAACGAGAAAUGUGUUGUGCAAUUAGUGGAUCACUUUAAACACCGGGGUCCAAACGGGCAGCAUUUAUGCAUGGUUCUUGAGUUUCUUGGUGAUAGUAUAUUGCACCUCAUACGAUACAAUCGUUACAAAGGGAUUAAUUUGAAUAAAGUGAGAGAGAUGUGCAGAUGCAUAUUAACCGGCCUUGAUUAUUUGCACAGAGAGCUUCGUAUUUUGCAUACAGAUUUAAAGCCGGAGAAUAUACUUCUCGUUUCGACUGUUAACCCGUCGAAAGACCCUAUUAGGUCAAAAACGCCGCCCAUUCUUGAACGGCCCGAGGGGAGUUUAACGGGUGGAGCAGCGGUUAAUGUGAUCGAGAAGAAACUGAAGCAGAGAGCGAGAAGAGCGGUGGCUAAAAUUGCGGCCGAAAGAAGAGGUGGUGUGCCGGAGCCAAAGCCUGAAAGAUGCCUUGACGGUAUUGAUUUUAGGUGCAAGAUUGUGGAUUUGGGAAACGCGUGUAGUGUGGAUAAAGCAGUUGCGGAAGAAAUUCAAACGAGACAGUAUCGGGCUCCUGAAGUUAUACUGCAAUCAGGGUACUCGUUUCCGGUUGAUAUGUGGUCGUUUGCUUGCACUGCUUUUGAACUUGCUACUGGUGAAAUGAUGUUUGCUCCUAAGCCCGGACCAGGUUUCAGUGAAGAUGAGGACCACCUUGCUCUAAUGAUGGAACUUCUAGGAAAGAUGCCUCGAAAGAUAGCCAUUGGAGGGGGUCGAUCUAAAGAUUACUUUGAUAGACACGGUGACCUGAAAAGGAUCCGUAGACUGAAACACUCGUCAUUGAGUCGUUUACUCAUUGACAAGUUCAAGUUUCCUGAAACCGAUGCUAGGGAAUUUGCGGAGUUCUUGACACCCAUUCUUGAUUUUGAUCCAGAGAAUCGACCAACGGCACAGCAGUGUUUGCAACACCCUUGGCUCCGCCAAACUGAGACCAAGACGGGUUAGACGGCAGCAUGACAUGAGACAAUUAUCUGGUGACUGACACAGUUGAGAUUGAGUUUGAUGAUUAAGGUGGGUAAGGGAUGAGGUGUUUUUUGUUGCAGCUUGUGAUCCCUUUACUUCCCACCUGUAUUUUGUUUACAUUUUUUUUUUUUUGUGAAAUGGAAUAAUAUUUAAUUUUGUUUUGACUUAACUAUGAUGUAAUAUAGACGUAUAUAGUGAUUUGGGUUGUAUUAACCCCUACCGCAAUUGAAUGAAUUUGUUACUUGUUUGGAUCA